AUGAAGGCAUUCGUGUUUUGCUGCGUCGGUCUCGCGGCACUGGCGUACGUCAGUUGUCGCGACCUGAACCGAGAAAGGAGGUCGGCCGACCUGGACGCGGCUGCCAGCCACCACGGCGGGAAAUGGGAUAAGGGAGGCGGUCACGAACAUCACGCUCAUCACCACCACGACCAUGGGGAAAAGGGCCACAAAGGAUAUAAGGGGCACCAUCAUCACGAACACGGCAAGAAAGGACACCACCAUCAUGAGGGACACAAGGGACAUCACGACGAGCACGGCGGCCACAAGAAACAUCACCACCAUGAUGACGGCUACCACCACGAGCACCACCACGGAGAGAAAGGACAUAAAGGACACGGGCACCACGAAAAAGGUCACUACCACAAAGGUCACUCCACAAAGGGUCAUCACGGCGUGCAUAAACAUGAUGAGUUCAAGAAGGAGAAACACUUCCAUGAUCAUCAUCAUGACGGUGGACAUCACGAACAUCACGGCGGGCAUCAUGAAGAGCACGGCCACAAGAAGGGCGGAGAAUUCCAUCACGGACACAAGCAUGGCGGCCACCACCACCAUGAGCACGGAAAGGGUGGACACCACGAGAAGGGCGGACACCAUCAUGACCAUAAAGGACACCAUGACGAGGGCGGCCAUCACGAGCAUCAUCAUCAUCAUCAUGACCACGGGAAGAAGGGCGGCCACGAGGAACACAAACACUGGGGUCACAAGAAGGGACAUUAA